AAGGAAAGUGACUGUAACUACAUUUUGUUUGCGUCCAAAACCUGUGCGCGAGGGAGAGAUUUCCAUACAUAAAAGAAGAGCUUCAGCUUUUCUCAUCUGAGCAAACCCCAUACCCACUCCAAUUUUACGUAUCAGAAUUCUCUCUCUCCCAUAAUUGCCUCUCAUUCUUUCACUUCACUGUUCAUUAUCUCCUUCAAUUUCCCAACUGAUUAGUGUCUUUCAUCCUUCGCUUCUUCUUUUCAACUCAUCCAUGGCUGAGGGUUUCGAACCCUACCAUGGUCCUCAGCAGAGUAGGAGGGAUAAGCUCCGGUUCUUGCCCGGUCAACCCCACCCGGUCUGCGAAGAGCCCGGACCUCACCACCUUCACGGUUGUGCCACUGCUGCUUCUUUCUACGAUCCGACUUCUAUAUCACUCCUCUCCUCAUCGGAUUUGCUCACUUGCGCCGACAGCUCAGUCAAAGAAGAGGGCCACGUGAAUCUGAUGGGUUACAUGAACAACUCUUCUUCAGCUUCAUCGUCUUUACACAAUUUUCGCAAUCCCUACUUGGAUCCUCAACCCUCGAACUUGGCGGCGAAUACAAACUCUGUUAAUGAUAUUAACGGUCUCAACAACUUGUUUAUGUAUCCGAGCCAACAGAGUCAUCAUCAUCUGAGAGAGUUCAACAAUAAUGAACCAGCUGCACUGUUCAGACCGGAACCGUUGUCUUUGUCUCUAUCUUCACAACCUGUUGAGGUCCAAAGUCUCCAGAGGUACGGCUAUUCGGGCAUUGGUGACGGUGGUCAGGGGUCUAGAAGUCCGGGCCCUACUCCUCUGGGGCCGUUUACUGGCUAUGCUUCCAUAUUGAAGGGAUCGAGGUUCUUGAAGCCAGCUCAACAGUUGCUAGAGGAGUUCUGCGAUGUGGGUAGUUCUAGUCGCGAUAUUUAUGCUGCUGUUAGUAGAAUUAUGACAGACGAGUCUUCCUCGUUUUUGGACGAUCCUCCUAUAGAGAGCUUGGACGAUCCGGCUAGUGUUGGCGGCGGCGACGGAGGCGAGAGUCGGAGAAAGAAGUCGAGGUUGCUUUCCAUGCUAGACGAGGUUUACAGGAGGUAUAAGCAGUACUAUAACCAGAUGCAAGCAGUAGUGAAUUCUUUUGAGUAUGUUGCUGGGCUUGGAAAUGCAGCUCCUUAUGCCAACUUAGCAAUAAAGGCCAUGACUAGACACUUCAAGUGUUUGAAGAAUGCAAUUACCGAUCAGCUUCAAUAUUCAAGAUCAGGUAGGGAUGCUAGCACAUAUGUGAGACGUAACAAAGAUGAAACCAUUCCAAUGCUCCGCGAUAGUACUCGAGGCAUGUAUGGCCAGCCCCGAUCUUUCCAAAGCACAGACUUUGUUGAGCCUCAGCCGGUUUGGCGACCUCAAAGGGGACUUCCUGAGCGAGCUGUUUCUGUUCUUAGGUCCUGGUUGUUUGAACACUUCUUGCAUCCUUACCCUACCGAUACAGAUAAAAUAACGCUGGCCAAACAAACUGGACUGUCACGGAACCAGGUUUCAAAUUGGUUCAUUAAUGCAAGAGUAAGGCUCUGGAAACCAAUGGUGGAAGAGAUACACAUGCUAGAAACCCGGCAAGCUCAUAUUGCUUCACAGAAGGUGGGGGAUAGAAAUGCUGAUAAGUCAGAUGAUCAUGAUCACUUACCAUCGACAAAGUCAGUGGCAUCUGAUAAUCCUUCAACAUCCACUUAUAGGGCUCAAGACACAGCAUCUAAGCGCCCAAGAAAUGAAUUUCCAGAUGUCACAGUCGCUAGUACUACUCAUCAACAAUUAAACAUGUCUUACAAUAACUUGUCAAGCCAUCUGCAUCAUGUUGGUCAUGUUGGUGGGAGUAUGGCUGGAGGGACUACUAGUGGUGUGUCACUAACGCUUGGACUUCAUCACCAAAAUAAUGGUAUCGUUAUGUCGGAGCCCCCCUAUGCUAUCAUUAAUACUGCUCAACGCUUCGGCCUUGGCCUUGAGGGAAAUAGCGAUGGUUACCCAAUGGGCGGCUUUGAUGCACAAAGUGGGCAUUUUGGAAGAGACGUCAUGGGUAGGCAACUUUUGCGUGAUUUCGUUGGAUGAACAUUUAAGGAAUAUGAGACUAUCUGGGCAUCAAGAAAUUGAACAUUGUAAUAUUACUAACAAAAUUACAAUCAGAUGUCAUUCAGGAAAAUCAGGAUCCAAAUGGUGCGACAAGAGUCAUUUUGCCUAUUGAUUUUAGUGUUUUGGAGGUAGGAUUCACCAACCACACUCCAUUGUGUAAUUCUGGAUAAAUAUUCCGAGAACGUAAUUGUUUGGUGUUAAAAUUCUAUGUACAGAGGCCUGUAUUCAAACCAGGGAUCAGACUUUGCCUUUGAUCCUGAUUGUGCUUGCAUC